AUGAAUGUUUUCAACAGCCCACUACCUCCUUGGUUGUUCAAUCUCACUGAACUAGAGAUGUUGGAUUUGACAUAUAACAGUAUGACAGGAGAACUGCCUGAUUCUUUGGGAUAUCUUAAAAGCUUGAGAUACCUCAAAUUGUCAGUUAACUCAUUUCAGGGUUCAAUGCCAAAAUCGAUUGGAAAUUUAACAUCUUUGGAGGAGUUUAACCUUGGAUGGAAUCAAAUGAGUGGGAUCAUCCCAGAAAGUCUUUGGGAGCUCUCAUCGCUGGUUUCACUUCAUAUCUUUGGCAAUACAUGGGAAGGUGCCAUUACAGAAGCUCAUUUUGCGAAACUUGGAGGCCUGAGAGAUGUAUCAAUUGGAAAUGAUUCCCCAAACAUUUCCUUGGUUUUCAACAUAAGUUCUGAUUGGAUACCUCCAUUCAAAUUAAGAAGCUUGUACAUUAGAUCAUGCCAACUGGGUCCCAAAUUUCCUACAUGGCUUAGAAAUCAGACUGAGUUGACCAACCUGGUACUUCGUAAUUCUAGGAUUUCAGACACCACACCAGAUUGGUUUUGGCAGUUGGUUUUGCAAUUAGAUGUUCUAGAUAUCGCUUAUAAUCAACUAAGUGGUAGGGUGCCCAAUUCAGUAAGAUUCAGCUAUGAUUCCCUUGUUGAUUUGAGUUCAAAUCGCUAUGAGGGCCCACUCCCACUCUGGUCCUCAAACAUUACCGUGCUGUAUCUUAGCGAUAAUCUAUUUUCAGGGCCAAUUCCUCAUAACAUUGGUCAAGUGAUGCCCCAUUUGACACAUCUAGACAUUUCUAGGAACUCUUUGAGUGGAAGCAUUCCCCUGUCCUUUGGUAAUUUAAGCCAAUUAACAACCAUGGUUAUCUCAAAUAACCACUUGUCUGGUGAGAUUCCUCAUUUUUGGAACAAUAUACCAUUUUUGGUUGCUAUAGACAUGUCAAGCAACAGUCUCUCUGGUAAAAUCCCAAGAACCUUAGGCUCUCUUACUUCACUCAAAUAUUUGAUCGUCUCUAGCAACAACUUGUCAGGUGAAGUUCCUUCCUUGAAGAACUGUUCUGACAUGAGGAUUCUUGAUCUUGGUGAUAACAAGUUUUCUGGACCGAUUCCGGCUUCCAUUGGAGAAAGCAUGCCUUCUUUAAAGAUUCUAUGCUUGAGGAACAACUCAUUUACUAGAAGCAUCCCUUUACAAUUAUGUGGCCUUUCCACUCUCCAUAUAUUGGACUUAUCACACAACAAUCUUUCCGGAAAUAUUCCCCACUGCAUAGAUAAUUUGAGUGGCUUGAAAUAUGAGGUCAAAGACAUAGGUAUAGAAGUCUACGGUUACCAAGGAAGAUUGGGGGUGGUGUCAAAAGGAAGAGUGCUUGUAUAUGACUCCAUCCUUUACCUUGUUUAUAGCAUUGAUCUCUCGGACAAUAACUUGUCAGGGGAGAUUCCUGUGGGGAUAACAAGCCUAUUAAAGUUGGGCACCUUAAAUUUGUCCAUGAAUCAUUUGACAGGAAAUAUCCCAACAAAUAUCGGAAACUUGAGGUCGAUAGAAACUCUUGAUUUAUCAGUGAACAAACUUUCAGGUUCAAUUCCACAAAGCAUGGUUUCUUUAACACUUUUGAAUCAUCUAAACCUGUCAUACAAUAACUUGUUCGGGAAAAUCCCAACGGGUAACCAGUUUCAGACCUUUGUUGACCCAUCAAUUUAUGAGGGUAAUGCCGGUCUUAGCGGGUGUCCAUUACCAAUUGGUUGCCAAGAGAAUGAAGAAACACCUAAAGUUCCGAGUGGAGAUGGAGGAGAGGAUGAUGAUGACAGUAAACUUGAAAAGCUACAGUUCGUCAUCAGCAUGGUGAUAGGUUUCUGUGCAGGGUUCUGGGGAGUUUUUGGGACUUUGGCCAUCAAGAAGUCCUGGAGAUACGCCUAUUUCCAAUUCCUUGACAAAGUGAAAUAUGGUAUCCUUGAUUUUGUCUCAGCCAUUGGUACUUAUCUGCAUAAAGGAUCGUAG